AUGAGUAAUGGAUCGUUGAAAGUAUGAAUGAAUGGAAUUAAUAAGACGUCAAAACAAAAAUAUUUCAUUCAUUAUGUGUUAACGAAUAUUGCCCGCUGAAAGAAAUUCUGCAAAAUAAUAUGCACAUACCGUACAUGUGAAAGAAUGUUGUGACCGUGUAUCUUGUUUUGUGUUUAUGUGAAAAUUUAAUAAAGAACAAAUGGCCAGCUCUGUGUUAAAUUUAAAUGUUGGUAUCUUAGGACAUGUUGAUUGCGGUAAAACAACACUGGCAAAGGCUCUAAGUACUACCGCUAGUACAGCAAGUUUCGAUAAAAAUCCUCAGUCUCAAGAAAGAGGGAUCACGAUUGAUCUAGGCUUUAGUUCACUUUUAGUUGACAUCCCAGAACAUUUGAAGAACUCAUGUUUGGAAGAACAACUGCAGCUAACAUUAGUGGAUUGUCCUGGCCAUGCAUCAUUAAUUCGCACUAUAAUUGGAGGGGCACAGAUUAUUGAUUUGAUGUUGCUUGUAAUUGACAUCACUAAAGGAAUGCAAACACAAACCGCAGAGUGCCUUGUUGUUGGUGAAGUGACCUGCCAGAAGAUGAUUGUGGUACUAAACAAAACAGAUCUGCUGCCUGAAGGACAGAAACAAGCGCUGAUUGAUAAGAUGACAAGGAAAAUGAAGUUGACAUUACAAAAUUCAGUUUUCAAGGAUUCCCCUGUUGUGAGCGUCUCGGCAAAACCUGGGGGCUCAGAAGCUGUUUCGGCCUCCCCGCCUGUAGGGCUCCAAGAUCUCAUAGAGACAUUACAGAAGUUUGCAUUUAUACCAAAACGUUACGUCUCGAGUCCAUUUCUUUUUGCUGUUGAUCACUGUUUCAGUGUGCGUGGUCAAGGCACUGUCAUGACAGGCACUGUAUUGCAAGGAACGGUAAACAUAAAUGAUACAGUCGAAAUACCAUCCAUCCAUGUAACUAGGAAAGUGAAGUCAAUGCAGAUGUUCAGGAAACCAGUAGAAUGUUCAGUACAAGGUGAUCGAAUUGGCCUCUGCGUCACUCAGUUUGACCCCAGACAGCUGGAGCGAGGGAUAGCUUGUAUGCCUGGAUAUGUUCCAGCCAUUUCAUUGGCCAUCGUUUCAGUUCAGAAAAUAAAGUAUUUCAAGGGAAAUGUUAACACAAAGGCAAAGUUUCAUAUUAGCAUAGGGCAUGAAACAGUAAUGGCAAAGUUAUCAUUUUUUGGUUUGUUGCAAGAUUUUAGCAACACAUCUGAAGACAAUGCUUUUGAUUUUAAUAAAGAAUACAAGUUUCAAAAUGAACUUUUGCCUGACCCAACGAAUGACGACGAAGGCGCAAGAGCACACGAGAUGCCAGUAAAGCAGUUUGCUAUGCUAGAAUUUGAAAAACCUACACUGGUAGUCCCUAAAUGUCUUGUAAUAGGAUCAAAGCUAGACUCCGACAUUCACGCCAAGACCUGCAGACUAGCGUUCUGGGGACAUCUUUUAGAAAGCGUUGAAGAUAAGAAUUACUCAACAACUGUGUUACCAAAACUGAAGAUUUAUAAGGAAAAAUGCAAAUGUGGAGUGGUCGACAGAGCAUGUAAUCAGUAUCAAGUUAUUGGGAAGAGCAUGUUUAAAAAAGAAACCAACAUCCAGUUGUUUGUAGGCUUACAAGUGGAACUGUCUACGGGAGAAACGGGCGUUAUCGAAAGCUCAUUUGGACAGAGUGGGAAAGUAAAAAUACAUAUUCCAGAUGGACUCAAAGAAUCAACUUCUGUACUUUUACCUAGCAUGACCAAGAAGAAAGGCAAGCAUUCUGAUCCUCAGAACACUUUACCGGAUCCUGAACCCAUAAAAAUAGUGUUACACUUCAGAAGAUAUAUUUAUGACCCAAAGAAGGAAAUUAUCCAACCAUAGCAAUCGCGACUGAAAGGCAAUAACCUGCCGUCUUCUCAAAGUUUUGCUUCGGAUCACCUGGGUGAUUGUUGUUGCACGCCUCUGCCAGAUGCCACUGAUUUUGAAAAUGGCUACCCCACAACAGAGGAGUUACUGUGUUCUGCAGUUAGCGAAGGAAGAGUCUGUGCAGUGUGCAUUUCCAACACAAUUUCGCACGGAACCACCUACCUGAAUAUCCAUUUAUGCUUGGUACAAGAAAUCUGAGCAGAAAGAGUGCACUUGCCAAUGAUGUCGUGCAGUGCAGAUAGCCAGACCUAACUCCGUGUGACUUCUUGUGGGGGCUACAUGAAAGACAGAGUGUCUGUUGUGCCUCUGCCGCAGUCUCUGCCAGAGUUGAGGAAGUGAAUCACAACUGCCAUAGCUUCCAUCAUUAGGGACACCACAUUUGUAUUCUGUAUCAUUCUGAAAGUGUAAAGUUCUUUUGUGCUCACUCGGUAUUGACAGUAAUACAAUAAACAAUUAUCAUGGUUAAGAAAUUCCCUACGCUGUACAGAACCCGAAGUUUUAUUACCACAUUCACAAGAUCCUGCCACUGUAUGCUAUGCUAAGUCUGAUCUUGAAAAGUCCACUUAAUAUUAUCCUCUGAUCUAUACGUACGUCUCCAGAUUGGUUUCUUCCCUUCAUGUUUCCAGACUAAAAUUCUGUACACAUUGCUCAUCAUUGCAUUCAUGUCCCAGAAUUUCAUUCUUCUAGACCAG